AAACGAGUAUGUAAUAGAACACAGCUAACAAGUAUUCCUUGUUGAUGGCGGAAACAUUAUGUCCUCUUCUUGCUGCUGUGUUGUGGGGUUUUAGAGAGCGGCGGCGGCGGCGGCCGGGCGGGCGGCUCGGCUGAGGGGCGUGCCAGCCUGCUGAGGGGUCGACAUGGUCCUCCCGGGCCGGCGCCAGUACCGGUACACCCCUCUGAGCACCGACCGGUCUCCGGCGGAGCGCGGCCCGCGGCUCCGCUUCAGACACCUGGCUCUGAGCACCGUAUCGCUACCUCUCUUCGGCUUUCUCUUCUGCGUCGGCUGGUCGCUCAAGUACAACUUCGAGUCGGCGACGUCCACCCACUGCAAGGUGGCCAACUACCUGCCCUCACUGUCGGCGGCUAUCGGUGGAUUUACCGUCCAGAGGCGCGUCUGGAAGACAGUGAUCGCGCUGCACGCGCUGCCCCGCUUCCUGGUCGGCUGGUUCUACCUCACCUUCUGGCAGGAGACGCUGGCGCUGACGCUCAGCGCUCGCGCUCUGGUGCAGGCCGCCAAUGCGCUCUACAUCUGCGAGAACCUCGGCCUGCUCGGUCUCUCCUUCGUCACAUCCUCAGAGAACUUUCCCUUCCACAAGGCGUCGUUCAUCGUGUUUCUGUUCUGCUCAGAGUUGUACAUGCUGAUCACAUGCUGGCUGAGCUGGUUACCUCGUCUCUAUCCCGUCAAGAGACUCGACGCUCGCUCUCGGCGCCACAAGCUGCUAUUCUUCAUGUUGAACUUUAUCAGCCUGGUGUUCGCCAUGUUCUUCUAUGCGCGCCACAACGCCCGCUGCGAGCCGGGGGUGUACACGCUGUUUGCGCUCAGCGAGUACGUCGUCGUGUUGUCCAACAUCGCCUUCCACAUGACGGCCUACUGGGACUUCCACGAUAAGGUGCUGGACCUGGGAGAGGGCUUGGUGUGAAUGAUGCCAGUCAGUCGGCGUGUGGGUGGCGGUAAACCGAUGUGCCAGCAAUGCCAGCUAGUCAGCUCAUCAGCAAAACGUCCAACGAAGCCAUACAGAGUGAUUUCAUGUGUAGCGUGCUUAGUUUUUUUUUUUUUUUAACGCACAGCGUUUAAAGCGAGUAUUUAUUUUGGGCGUUCGUUCAACGUUCGGCGAGAGUUUAUGAAUAGUAGCACAUUUAUUUCACAUCUGAACUUGGCUCACCAGGCAUGCUAGAGGUGAAGUUACGUGUUUGCGCGGUAGAUAGAUAGUGCCAGAUUUUUAAUUGUCUUGUGUCGAAUAGCUUGUAUCGCUUGAUACUAACUACUAAGCUUGCCAGUUGCCAGUAAUGUUGAAAUCACACUACCCCAGUCAAUGUAGUCGUGAAUUUAAGUGUUUUAUGCCGACUUGCGGUUAGUACGGUAGUACCUCGAGGCUUUUUACAGGUAACGCGGCUAAGUAAUGCAUUGCAUUUUGUCAAGCAGCGGCCACUGUGGUGAUUCGCUCAAUGUUCCGAAGGUCCGUGCUAGCCUGACUUACAGCCUGUGAGUCUGAUGUUUGUGUUAAGUCAUCUCAUGGCCAUAUUUGCUUGAAUAAGUCAUCUUUGUCCCUCUUGUUUAGUUAAGCUUGUUUCAAGUGCAAUUUGACUGAAAUGGAAUCAAUUACGGACAUCUAUCUCAGUUGCCAUUCAUGGGUCUGCGAAUACAUGUGACAAUUUGCUUGUGAA